ACAAAAUGCCUCUGCGGUUAGAUAUCAAACGGAAAUUGUCGGCAAGGUCUGAUCGUGUGAAGUGUGUUGAUCUGCAUCCCACAGAACCAUGGAUGCUGGCCAGCUUGUACAAUGGGAAUGUACAUGUGUGGAAUCAUGAAUCCCAGCAACUGGUAAAGUCAUUUGAGGUAUGUGACCUACCGGUAAGAGCAGCCCGCUUUGUUCCACGUAAAAACUGGGUGGUCACAGGAUCGGAUGACAUGCACGUGAGGGUGUUUAAUUACAACACGUUGGAGCGUGUGCACAAGUUUGAAGCACACUCGGAUUACGUGCGCUCGAUUACCGUGCAUCCGACAGAGAGCUUCAUCCUCACCAGCAGUGAUGACAUGUUGAUCAAGUUAUGGGACUGGGACAAGAAAUGGGAGUGUAGCUGUGUGUUUGAGGGACAUACGCACUACGUUAUGCAGGUGGUGUUCAAUCCGAAAGACAAUAACACAUUUGCUAGCGCCUCCCUGGACAGAACCAUAAAGGUGUGGCAGUUGGGAAGCAGUACACCGAAUUUCACUCUAGAGGGUCAUGAGAAAGGAGUAAAUUGCGUCGACUAUUACACGGGCGGCGACAAGCCUUACCUCAUCUCGGGAGCAGACGACAGACUUGUGAAGAUAUGGGACUAUCAGAACAAAACCUGUGUUCAGACGCUGGAAGGGCAUGCACAAAACAUUGCAGCUGUGGCUUUCCAUCCAGAACUCCCCAUUAUCAUGACAGGAUCAGAAGAUGGCACUGUGCGCAUCUGGCAUGCAAACACGUACAGGCUGGAGAGCACUCUCAACUAUGGCCUGGAACGGGUGUGGACCAUCGCUUACCAGCAGGGGUCGAACAGUGUUGCCAUCGGUUACGAUGAGGGAAGCAUCAUUAUCAAGCUCGGUAGAGAAGAACCAGCGAUGUCAAUGGACCAAAAUGGCAAGAUCAUGUGGGCAAAGCAUUGUGAGAUCCAGCAGGCCAACUUGAAAGCAAUGGUAGACACAGAGAUUAAGGAUGGCGAGCGCUUACCUCUGGCCGUUAAGGAUAUGGGCAGCUGUGAGGUGUACCCACAGACCAUUUCUCACAGCCCCAAUGGAAGGUUUGUCGUCGUGUGCGGCGACGGAGAGUACAUCAUCUACACAGCGAUGGCGCUGCGCAACAAGAGCUUUGGCUCGGCGCAGGAGUUCACGUGGGCGCACGAUCCCUCCGAGUACGCCGUCCGCGAGAGCUCAACGGUCGUGAAGAUCUUCAAGAACUUCAAGGAGCGCAAGUCGUUCAAGCCGGAGUUUGGUGCGGAAGGUAUAUUCGGAGGCUACAUGCUGGGUGUGCGCUCUCUCAGUGGGCUCAGCUUGUAUGACUGGGAGAAUCUAGACCUCAUCAGACGCAUCGAAAUCCAACCGAAGCACGUAUUCUGGUCAGAGAACGGUGAGCUGGUGUGUAUAGCGACAGAGGACUCGUUCUUUAUACUCAAAUACAACUCUGAUGCGGUCGCUAACGCCGCAGAAGACAAAUCGCUCGUCAGCGAGGACGGUAUAGAAGACGCAUUCGAUGUGGUUGGUGAGAUCCAGGAGUCAGUGAAGACAGGCUGUUGGGUCGGUGACUGCUUCAUUUAUACGAACAGUGUCAACAGACUAAACUACUAUGUAGGAGGAGAGAUCGUCACAGUGGCCCACCUCGAUCG